AUGGCGACGACGAAGUUCUACACGAAACAACGGUGCAAUUGGACGGAAGGGAGGGACGCGAAGGUGGACGAGGUGAUGCGCGAAUGGAUGCACAAGUGAGCAAGAAGCGGGAGACGCAGACAAACUGAAAUUUAGAUAAAAAUUAUUGAGAAGCCUUUUAUCAACAAAAAAAAACGCGACUAUUCUUUGGUUUCCAGAUUCUGCACAUUCCAAGACGUCAAAAUUUGCAUAUCGACGUUCAACGUGAACGGAAAAAGCCCUUUGUCUGUUUUCCCGACGUGGUUCUCUCAAAAACGGGAAGAUGUUGCCGAUUUUUAUGCAAUCGGGUGAGUUGGUUAAAGACUGGAAAACAUGGAGCACGUGGAAGAGUUAAGAUCAAAAAAAUUGUCAGCAAACGAUAAGAAAACUGAAAGAUAAGGUGUUUUGGUUCUUUUCAACCCUCCCAAAUACUAUUGCUUGAAAAAUGGUGCGUUUUUAGAAGCAAGUAGUUAGAAUUCAUUUAAACUUCAAUGAAGAAAAUUGCAGUCUACAAGAAAUGGACCUUUCCGUCGGCACGUACAUCAUAGACAACACGAAAAAGAUGGAAGAAUGGGUGGAUUCGAUACACAGCUCACUUCCAGGCGGACGAACUCAUUAUAAAGUGGUAAAGAAUUCGAUCUCAUUUUUAAUUCUCAUCCUUGACCUUUUCCAGAUCCGUUCAAUGCGUCUUGUCGGCAUCUUCGUCAUUGUCUUCCAGUCGUUUCACAGUCAGAUCGAAGUGAGCGAAGUGAACGUGAAGUACGUGGCAACUGGCAUUUCGGUGCUCGGCAGCAAGCUAGGCAACAAGGGCGGAACGGCCAUCUCGAUGAAGAUGAACGACACGUGGGUGUGCUUCGUGAAUGCUCAUUUCGCCGCCGGCAACAAUGAAUUGGAGCGGAGGAAUCAAGACUUCAGAGAUAUCAACGACGGCGUCGUUUUCUAUCCGAGCAGCCAGCAGGACGGAUUGGUGAGUUCGUCUCUUUUUGAUCUCUCCGCAAAUUUCAAUUGUUUUUUUCAGCGAGAUCGAACUCUCGAAGUUCCGGUACUAACCCUCAUUGAUCACGACGUCGUCUUCUGGUUUGGCGAUCUGAACUAUCGACUGAACACGGAAAACGUUGGGAUUUCCAACGAAGAAGUCCGACGGAUUGCUUCGAGUAAUCGAUUCGGAGAGCUUCUUCAGUACUGCCAGCUCCGCGAGCAAAUGACUCUCGGUCAUGCGGGAGUAUUCAAAGAUUUCGAAGAGCCGACGACAUUUGGAUUCCGACCCACGUACAAAUACGAUUGCGGAACGAACACUUGGGACACAAGCGAGAAGGGAAGAGUUCCCGCUUGGACGGACAGGAUUUUGACGUUCAAAAAGUACCCGCAAGUCGGAUUAGACGUUAUGUAAGUGUUAUAACAGUCCGGCUUCUAAGAUUUCUAAGAGAACUUUCCAGACGACCUAUGGAAAGUGUGGAGACGAUCACCGUUUCGGACCACAAGCCCGUUCGUGCGAUAUUCAGUUUAAAAGUGAAAAAGAUUGAUGAGAAGGGCGCGAAUCUAGUUUACGAGGAGGCGAUUCGAGAAGCGGACAGAAGAGCGAACGAGGCAUUGCCGCAAGUGCAGCUCAGUGUGAACGAGGUCGACUUUGGAGUUGUCAACUAUUUGGAGCCGAAGACGCGCAGUGUCGUCGUGCAGAAUGUUGGAAAAUCGAAGGUGAGGAGAGCAAAAAUAAAUUUUUCACAUGAAAAAAAACAAACAACACUUUUUUGCAUAGAAUUUUGGUGAACGCGCUCUAUGUAGAAAACUCACAUGCAUUUCCCACCCAGUUCGUUACUAGUGAGACCUAGUUGAAUUGGUCGAUCAAUGCGAUGUCGCUCUCUUUCGUUUUCAUAAUAAUUUGCAUGUGACCCGUUCCCGUUCGUGCUGCACAGCCGAGGGAAAUCCCUCCGAUCGGCACCAAUUUUUCGUUGUUUUUCCAUCAAUCAAACACGCAAACACACAGUGAUCAAUUCAUCACAUGACCCCCAUCCUUUUGUGUAAAUAUUCCCCGUUUUUCCAGGUGCGCUUCUCGUUUAAAGUUCGUCCGAACGCGCACAACAGUCAGGAGAUUUGCGAGAAAUGGCUAAUGGUAAGCGAAUGAAAAAGGGAAGAAAAGAUGGUUGUCUGAUUACUGCAUUGUUUGUUCUCUUUCCUGUCCUUUUGAAUUAGAAAAGAAAAAGAAAAAGCGUGCGAGAAGAUGGCAGAAUUCCGGUUCGAGAUAGAAAUCUUCUGGGGCUUCUCCCCCUCGUCCUACCAUCCCUCCGCCGCUUUCUCUGCCAUUUUUCGGGAAUAUUCCGAUGUUCUUGCCUUCAGGUGACACCGACACACUAUCAAAUACCCCAAGGAUCUUCCAUGGAGGUUCGGAUUGCUAUCCGCUUGUUUGAUUUAUUCAUUUCAUUUCCAGAUUAAUCUGACUGUCUCCAUCACUACAGACAUUGUCCGCAAGAUUCCGGGCAUGUCACGAAACGGACAGCUACAGGAGAUCCUCGUGCUGCACUUGGAAAGAGGAAGGGACUACUUCAUUCCCGUGGCGGCCACCUACAACAACUCGGUCUACGGAACCUCUCUCGAUAAACUGUUGGCGAUGAGACCCAAAGCGGAAGUGAACCUUAUUGACUUUGUGAGUAAUGAUUUUAUGAAUGUAGUACUCACUGCGCUUCCCAGGGAGAUGAUUUCUCGAUCUCGUCCGAUGACUGUCCUCCCGACGUUCCGCGCGUCGUUUAUCGCCUAGUCCGAACUCUCCGAGCACGCGGAGCCCAUCAGUUGAAUCCGAACGAAGACCAGGACAAUGCCGUGUUCAACCAGAUCAGAUCGGCUCUCGAAUCGGGUCAUCCGGACGAUCUUAGCAAAACGGGCUCAUCGUUCAUGCUCUACAGCGCCCUUAUUCGGUUAUUGGACUCUCUGGACGAGCAAAUCGUUCUGGAGGGAAUGGCAAAAAUGAUACACGGCGAGAUGAUCAAGUACAGGACGGAUGCGAGACAGUGAGUCGCUUGUGGCGUGUCGAGAAUUCCAGAAUCUUUGCAGGCUGUGGUCAGUAGUCCGUUCCAGUCUUCCGAAGCCGAACCAGGCAGUUCUCGAGCUCGUUUGCCUGAUGCUUCGCGAGUUUUUCAGUCAGAAAUACGAACUCAAAAGUGCGUUUUGCUCAUUUUUAGCGUACUAACCAAUUUCCAGCUUCAGAUCAACUGUCCCUCUGGUCGACCGUUCUUUUCCGAUACGAAUCGGACGAGAAGUUGCACGGAAUGUUCAGCACCGCCCUGUCGACAAUGUGCGAAUACGGGCCAGACGUGGCGCUCGGAUAA